AUUGCAUGACCUGGAUGAUCUGUCGUCAUCAUGGCUCUUAAUGUUAGUUGUAUUUGGAAAGGGCUCCUUCUAGUCUCCUUCCUCCUCAUCUCUGUCAAUGGACAAACGUCAGGGCCAUUUUUUAUGGUGACAUUUCCUGCAGUGAUCCAGUCAGGAUCUGAUGCCAAACUGUGUGCAAGUCUUCUUAAGCCCAAUGAGAGCCUUGUAAUGAACAUUUAUCUGGUUAAUGGUAACCAGAGCACAUUACUGAUAAAGGAGAGGACUAAUAAAGAGUUUCAUCACUGUUUUAACUUCCAGGCUCCACUGACAGAAGCAGAUACAGUACGGGAAAUGAAAGUAGAAAUUCAAGGGGAGUCUUUUGAGAUGACUGAAGAACGAAAAGUCAUGUUCAGACAUUACCAUCCUUUGACCUUUAUCCAGACUGAUAAACCCAUCUAUAUGCCAGGACAAACAGUGAAUUUCAGAGUUGUUACCAUGGAUACCAACUUUGUUCCCCUUGAUCAGCAGUAUAGUACAUUGGUGCUUGAGGACAGUCAUCAGAACAGGAUUGGUCAAUGGACAAAUAUUUCCUCAACAAAGUGGAUAUUGCAGCGUUCUUAUGAUCUAAAUCCAGAGGCCCGUCAAGGCAUGUACACACUGAAGGCUUCUGUUGGUGACAGGAUGAUCACACAUAAUUUUGAGGUCAAAAAGUAUGUUUUGCCUAAGUUUGAAGUUACUGUAAAAAGACCAUAUAAAGUGAGUGUUGUAGAAGAGGACCUGACAAUCGAGGUUUGCGGAAAAUACACUUAUGGUCAGCCUGUACCUGGUAAAUCAUGGGUGAAAGUGUGCCGUGAUUAUUUCCAUUAUGUUUCUGCCCAUGAUGCCAUUCCACUGUGUUUGAAUGAAACCACUGAGAUAAAAGAGAAUGGAUGUGCCUCUCACACCUUCAAUACAGUGGUCUUUUUGAACUCUACAUUAAAGGAUCAGCUGGAAAAUUCUCUUAAUGUUGAGGCAAAAGUAACAGAAGAAGGAACUGAUAUCACCAUGACAAAACCCCAAACUAUUAAAAUCUCUUAUGAAAUUGGCAAAGUCAUACUGACCGACUUACCCAAAACAUAUGAACAUGGAUCAGUUAUAGAAGGAAAUAUCACAAUUUCAAAUUUCAAAGGAGCACCAGUUCAUAAUAAAGAAGUAUACCUUUUGGAGGGUGAAAGUUGGUCCUGGUCAAAACUGCUGCUAAAUCUUACUACAGACAACAACGGACUGGCCAGCUUCUCACUUAAUACAUCUAGUCUGCCUCGUGAUGAUAUUAAUUUGAUGGCAAGUGUACAUCCAGACUUUCGUUAUCGUGGCUUCAAAACACCAUACUUCUCUACGGAUAAAAAAACUAUUAAACUUUUCCGGCCAGCAACUCCAUAUACCCCAAUACUAAGUGAAUUAACUAUAGAAACAAUUGAUCAACCUUUAAAAUGUGCUGUUGAGGUUGCAGUUACCAUUAAGUAUUAUUUUGUUGGAGAGACAGUUGGUGACUUCAACACUGACAUUGUCUAUAUGGUGUUGUCCAAAGGAGUGAUAAUUCAUCAUGGAUAUGAGAAGGUUGAAGUGAAGGCUUCAAAUGGAAUAUCAAGUGGCUCAGUGUCAUUCAAACUGUCUGUUGAUGGUGAUCUGGCUCCAGCAGUGCAGAUUCUGGCAUACUGUGUUCUGCCCAGUGAGAAUGUAGUUGCUGGUAGCAGAUAUUUUGACAUUGAAAAGUGUUUCCAAAACAAGGUGUCGCUGCAGUUUUCUCCAGCUAAAGCAGUUCCAGGUGAAGAAAAUACUCUACAGCUCUCAGCUGAACCUGGUUCACUUUGUGGCCUCAGUGCUGUAGAUCAGAGUGUAUUGAUCUUGGAAUCAGGAAAACGGCUUAACACAGAAAAGAUCUUCAGCAUGCUUCCUGUGCAAUCAGUAUCAGAUUAUCCUUAUGCUGUUGAAGAUGAGCAGCAGUGUUUGCAUGUCAGACCCCGUCGAACUGUGCCAAGAGACAAUGCCUAUGAAUCCUUAAAGAAAGUGGGAUUGAAAAUGGCAACAAAUUUGGCUAUACGAGUCCCUCAGUGUCUAACAUAUAGGGGCUUGACUUAUCACGGAUACCAUAAUAUAGUGAUGUAUCGCCAUCAUUUUCCAGUGUCUAAAAUGUCUAAAAUAGCAAAUGGCGGAUUAGAUACUCCGUUAGUGACAAUUCGGACCAUCUUUCCAGAAACAUGGAUCUGGCAACUUUCUGAAGUAGGGGACUCUGGAUCGACACAUGUUCCUGUCAAGGUUCCUGACACCAUCACCACUUGGGAGACAGAGGCUUUCUGUCUGUCCUCCAAAGGUCUGGGUCUGGCUCCUCCUGCUCAGCUCACAGUUUUCCAGCCCUUCUUCCUGGACCUCUCUCUGCCUUACUCCAUCAUCCGUGGGGAGAUCUUUGAGCUGAAGGCCACUGUCUUCAACUAUCUGUCCAAGUGUAUCAUGGUUAAAGUAACUCCAGCUCCUUCUUCAGACUACACACUUAAAGCCUCCUCUGAUGAUCAGUAUUCAUCCUGUUUAUGUGCUAAUGGAAAAAAAACCUUUAAAUGGAUUCUCACUCCUUCUAUUCUGGGAGUUUUGAAUAUUACAGUUAGUGCAGAGGCAGAACAGUCCCAGACUGUGUGUGACAAUGAGAUUGUGAGCGUGCCUAAGAGAGGACGCAUUGAUAUAGUUACACGAAGUCUUAUUGUACAGGCCGAAGGAACUGAAAAAACAGAGACCCACAGUUGGUUAAUGUGUCCAAAAGGGAACAGUCUUUCAGAGGAGGUGGAUCUGACUCUUCCAAAAGUAGUGAUAGAGGGAUCAGCCAGAUCAUCUGUAUCAGUCCUUGGAGACAUAUUGGGCCGUGCACUGCAGAAUCUUAAUGGAUUAUUACGGAUGCCAUAUGGCUGUGGAGAGCAGAACAUUGCUGUUCUUUCUCCCAAUAUUUACAUUCUACAGUACCUGGAGAGCACUGAGCAGCUGACCUCAGCCAUUCAAGAGAGAGCCACCGGCUUCCUUAAGAGUGGAUACCAGCGACAACUGAACUACAAACAUUAUGAUGGUGCAUACAGCACUUUUGGCCGUGGUGACGGGAAUACAUGGUUGACUGCCUUUGUCCUGAGGUCUUUUGGGAAAGCACAGAAAUACAUAUUUAUUGAUCCACGUAAUAUUCAGAGUGCAAAGGAAUGGUUGAUAAGCAGACAGAGUCAAGAUGGCUGUUUUAUGCAACAAGGAAGACUGUUCAACAACAGAAUGAAGGGUGGAGUAAAUGAUAAUGUGACCAUGACUGCUUACAUUACUGCAUCAUUUCUUGAACUGGAAAUUCCAGUCACUGAUCAUGUGGUUUCCAAGGGUUUGUCAUGCUUGAGGUCCGUCAUUGGGAAUCUCAAAAACACUUACACCACUGCUCUGCUUGCCUACACUUUCAGUUUGGCUAGAGAGAUGGACACUCGACAGCAGCUUUUAAAGGAGCUGGACAAUCUUGCUAUUUCAGAUGGAGGUCAACUCCACUGGUCUCAGGUUGCAUCUGAUGAUGCAUCUGAUUCUCUGGCAGUGGAGAUCAGCUCAUAUGUGCUGCUAGGUGUUCUCACUACAGAUUCAGUUACUACAGCUGAUCUGGGUUAUGCCAGCAGGAUUGUCAGCUGGCUUGUGAAGCAGCAGAAUGCCUAUGGAGGAUUCUCCUCCACCCAGGACACAGUUGUGGCUCUUCAGGCUCUGUCUUUGUACGCCACUAAAGUGUUCAGCUCAGAUGGCUCCAGCACAGUGAAUGUACAGUCUGCAGGAGACACUCACCACUUUGAUGUGAAUCAGGACAACAAGUUACUGUACCAGGAGAGGCCACUGCAGAAUGUUCCAGGCAAAUACAGUAUUGAAGUGAAGGGCUCCACCUGUGUGUCUGUGCAGAUGGCUGUGUUCUACAACAUUCCCACUCCUAGCGUAGAUAAAACACUGAGUAUUGAAGCCAAGACUGAGGGAGACUGUGAACAAUCAUCUGGACAUAAUUUCAUGUUGAAAUUUACUGUCAAAUAUGAUGGUUCACAGACAAAAACUAACAUGGUCAUCGUGGACAUUAAACUGUUAUCAGGAUUCACAGCGGAUACAUCUUUGCUUGGAAAUCCUGCCAAACGUAUGUAUGCACCACUUGUGGAGCGGGUUGAUUCUAAAGAUGAUCAUGUCCUUGUGUAUUUGAAGGAGGUUGAAAAAAGUAUUCCAAUGAACUACCAAAUACAAUUGAAACAAGUUGUUCCAGUGCAGAAUCUCAAGCCAGCUGUGAUCAAAGUCUACGAUUACUAUCAAACAAGUGAUCAGUCAGAGAUCGAAUACUCCAUCCACUGUAAAUGAGGUGUCGUGCUUCAGUUCUGCAGCUCCAUAGUACACCUUUAAAUAAAGAUGUUUGAACACUCAAA